AUGGACGCUAAGGAUUCCUUCUCCGGGGGUUAUGAGCAAGCCCUGCCUGUGCUAUCACGAUCCCCCACGACUGCGCCUUGGCCCGCCACCCACGAUAAUCCUCAACCUGACCCUCUCACCGUCCCUCCGACUACGAGUACGAGUAAUCUUUCACCAGCUGAGCUCUUGCCGAUCAGUCCGAUCGCGCCGCCCGCGUCUCAACCGUCGGAUCCACAAUCAUCGCAGGCCGCGCCGUCGGUAAAGACAGAGCGCAAUGCGCCUGCUAAGGUCCGCAAGCCUCGCAGGGCUGCAAAUGCAUCCGCGGGGAAGUCGACUCUUCAGCAUCGGGGGGGCACGAAGGAGGAGACGUUGAAGCGGAUUCGGUCUCACGUCAUGUCAGAACACAACCGGAAAAAGCGUCUGGAAAGUACCAAACGUUAUAAGGGCAAAUCUUGGAAGCAUCUUUCCUUCCAAACCCCCGAGACGGUGCCUGGUACCAUAGGGCCGUCCCCUCCUCCACCCUCGUCGUCCUCUUCGUCCUCGCAUGGCUCCCAGUUUAUCGACGAGUCAGAUACGAAGCAGGAAUUGACUCCGGUGACCACUCCUCCUGUUGACUACUAUGCAAAUACAUCGCAACAAGGGUGGUUUAAUGACGAAGUAGUGGGAUACGAAGACCAAUCGACCUCGCUUGCAACAUGGUCGGUGCUGGGGUCAGGCGCCCAUGAUCCAUUCAAUACCGGACAUACGCAGCUCACAGAUCGAAUGAUGCGACAUUUGCAAAAUUUCCUUUGGGAUCUAACACAAGAAGCACACCCAUUACAAACCCGAUAUAAGCCCAAAUUGCAGGCGCACUGGGCAUCACUGAUCCAGCGGGAUCCCGCUGUCCUGCACGCGUCAAUAUGCGUGGCCACUUCCAAUGCGGCUAUGCAGCGAGGGGAGUUGCCGGUCCGAGAUCCGAAUCAGACACGCAGCGCGUUAGUGGUGGACACUUUUCAUCACCGCGGUGAAACUAUUCGAUUGGUGAAUGAGGGAUUGUCGGAUCCCGUCAAGGCCUCAAGUGACGAGCUGAUUGCUGCGGUCUCUGCUCUUCUGACGAUCGAGAUCGCAUCGGGAAAUCCCGACUAUCUCAAGAUUCACCUGGCGGGCUUGCGACAAAUGAUCGGACUGCGUAAGAACUUCGCGGAUGUCCCACCUGAUGUCCGCUUCCAGAUAUCUUGGACGGAUAUCCGAGUCGCCUGUAUGGCAAUGACAAGACCAAUAUUCCCGUUUGUCCGAUCAAGUCGACCGAUGGGGCUCACCCUCUCGCCGCCUAAUGAUGAUAUCGCUUUGCUCGCCACCCGCCUCCUUCCCCUAGUCAAAAUCCCAGGAAUUUUCAGUGAUGUAUUUGCCAAAAUUAUAUAUGACCUCCUCGAACUCACUUGGUAUGCGGAAUGGAUCAAGGGAAGCAGUGGAUACAAAAAUUUCAACGAAGAGACCGAGGACUACUUCAACUUUGAAGUGGUGUAUGUGGAGUACGCACUCCAUUCAGACCGGUACACACCCACUGGCCAAGCCAAGGGCGAUAAUUCCAUUGAGGGCUGCGUUCGCCUAGCCUGCCUGUGUUUCCACAACAGUGCAAUCUGGACUUUCUAUCCAACGAUUGCACCGCUGCUACCAAAACCCAUCACCGCCCUCCGUGCGGCGCUGGAAGCCACCAUCCCAUCCGGCGUCUUUGCCCUCUGUCGCGAUCUGUUGAUAUGGCUACUCUUCAUUGGUGCAGCAUGCAGCCAAGUGAUGCCAUCGGAACGCACAUAUUUUGUUUCGGAGCUCGCAACGGCUUGCCGUCUACAUGGCGUGACGUCUUGGCAGGAAGCCCGGUCCAUCCUCCUGGGCUUCUUCUACGUCGAUCGUGCCCACCUUCAUAUGCUACGUCAGAUAUGGCAGGAGGUUCAGCUACAGUCGGAUCUCUCGGCUGCGCGAUGA